AUGGGCAUAGCCAGUUUGGGUGUAGAUGUGCCCAUCCUUGCAGGUGGCUUCUUGGCAUUGGGCAAAGCCAGCCAGGAUGAGACCCUGCCGCCGCCCGCCCUGCCCCCUGCCCAGGGCUUCUUCCUCUGGCCCACAAUAGGAGGCUCAUACAGCCCAGACACUGGGCACCAGCAGGCUCCUCCUCCCCAACGCCCGGGCCCUUAUCAGGAAGCAAUUUGGGUUGGUGGGGAGGGGGAAGUCCGAGGCCCCGGGCUCCGCAAGGUGGGUAGGAGAGAUAGGGAAGUGGGGAGGGGGCCGUGGGGCCCUGCUGGGAGGGCCUGAGGAUGGAAGGGAUGCCGGGAGCCAGCGCUGUCCUUGCUGGCCUGGCCCUUGACAUGGUCCCAGAGCUGCCUUCCCUCCUUGCCAGGCAAGGCGCCCGCACCUUUAAUUAGCGAGCAGCAGCCUCUCCCCGAUUCAUCUCAGUCACUGUUUAAUUAGCCGCGCACAAGGCACCCCUACCCCCCAGCUCUGGGUUGAGCAGCCUGCCUCUCUCACGGAGGCUGCCACCACCUCAUGGUGUCCCCUCUCACACACACACACACACACACCCCACCGUAUUUAUUCUGCUCCCCAGAAGGGGGGAUGGGGCGGGCACGCCUGGCUGAAACCUCAAGGAGAUUCUGGGCACUGACGCUUGUAUUCAAAGCAUCCAGCAAACAUUAUUAGGGCUUCGAGUCUGCGCCAGGCUGGCGCUGGGCGGAACCCAGGCUGGAUGGGGGUGGCCGGCCGCCGUCCUGUCCAACUGUUCCAGAACGGCUUUUCCCUUUGGGAGGUGCCGGGACACCUCUCCAGCUGGUCCCAGGGUGUUGGGAAAAGCUUAAUAAUCCUCCCUGUUGCUCCCCGCCCCGCACCCUGCAACCAGAAAGGAACGACCGUUUCUUCCUUCGCCUCCCUGCCCCAGAGCCCAGCAAGCCCCCCGGAGAAGGCUGCAUCCACUGCAGGGGAGAGGGCCCUUCCUCCAGCCGGGCCUCCGCAGUGCUCAGAUCCCAGAGGCCCCGGCCGAGGCCAUGGGCAAAGGGAGGCGGUGAGGCGUCUCAGCCCCCCUCUGGGGCCUUGGGGGCACAGGAGAGAGCCCACAGUGUGUGGCCGAACCAGCUGCCCUCUGUUGCCCUGAAGCAGGGCGGAGCUGGUGGCCCCGGCAGCCGCGCUCACACCCUUCCGGGCAGAGCCGGGGUGCCACCGCCUCAGGGCAGCCAGCUGGAGGCUGGAGGCUCAGGUUCCAGCAGCCCUGCGCCCCAGUCCCUCCUGUGGCUUCAGGCAAAUCAGCCGCCCUGGGGCCUCAGUCCUGCCCACAGAAGGGUGCCGGCCCCCCUGCUCUGAUAUGGACUAGGGACACGGAAGGACUGGCGCUUUCUCUGGUACUGACCAUCUGCGUGGCCGCGGCCAGCCACCAAACUGUGCCGUGCCUCAGUUUCCCCAUAAUGUCUACCUCGCGGGCUGUCCUGAGGAUUAAAUGAUUCACGAUGUUUAACACACUCAGAACGGCGCCUGGCAGAGGGAGGAAUCAUUGGCUGUUUCUGCCAUGAUUUCCCCUGCUUUUUACCGAUCGAUAUUUAUUGCCAGGUAUGAGGGACUUGGUGGUGAGUAAUAUGGCAAUCUCCCUGCCUUUCAGAGUUUUCCUUCCGGUGGGGGAGGCGGAUGAAAACAAGUAAAUAAAGGAAAAUUGCAAUUGCGUCUGAACAAAGUCUGCGGUUUAGUUAAUAGUAAUGUGCCGGCGUUAACAUCUUGGUUUUAACAGAUGUACCAUGGUCAGGUUAAGUGACGCGGUGACGUGGAGAAAAGUGGACGAAAUGUAUACAGCGACCCUCUGUACUGUCUCUGCAGCUUUUCUGUGAACCUGAAAUUAUCCCUCCCCCAAAAAAGUUUGUUUAAAAAACACAAUUUCGGGUAAGGAUAAGCACCAUGAAGAAAAUAAACAGGGCUAAGAUAGAAGAGGGUGUGGGGGAGGGUCUCUGUGAAGAAGCGACACUUGGGAGAAACUGAGUGAUGGGAAGGAGCCAACCUUGGGAGAUGGAAGGGCCUGCCCCAAGCGGACCGGCAAGUGCAAAGGCCCGGAGGCAACCACUGCCUUGGGAGGUUUGCAGUCCACCCGCUGGGUGGGAGAGGCUCCAUGUGGGGAGAUGCGUUCAGAGGGGGAAGUAGCUUCCCUUCAGCAUCAUUUUGCCCUUUCAGAAGACAGGAAGGAAGGAGACUCGGCAAGAGCCUGUACCUAGCUCUCUGGUACCUCUUUUUUUUUUUUUUUUUUAAGUAAGCUCUAUGCCCAACACGGGGCUUGAACUCACGGCCCAGAGAUCAAGAGUUGCACGCUCCACCAACUGAGCCAGCCAGGCCCCUCUCUAGUAGCUCAUUUUAGUCUGUAACUUAGUUACCCCGUGGGGGCAAUGCGGUCAUUUCGCUUCUAGACGGGCCGGUGGACAGGUGGAGACUCGGCCCAUGUCACAGGCCUGUGCUUGGAAGGGACACCUCCUGGGUGUUGAGGUUGUGCUGGGGUCUUGCUGGGAGACACGGAGAGGGUCCAGGCCUGGGUGUGGCUACAGAGGGGUGGGCCAAGCCAGGCACCCUGUGGAUGCGGUCUCUGGCCAGCAUGAGACCAUGUGUCACGGCAAGGGAGCACCUCUGUGUGAUAGUUACGUAAUCCACUCCAGUAACAGUAACACCACACGUAUGUCAUACAAAAUUCUGGAAGUCCAAAACAACAGAUAGGAUGACAAUUUAGAUUCCCCCCUCCCCCUCACUUUUCCUCCCCAGAGAUGCUGUCUGAGACCCGUUCCUUGCGGUCUGGACGACAACUCUUGGACCACACCAGCGGACCAUCGGCGGGCCCCCUGGUACCACCUUCCAGAAAGCCCUAGAUACAGGGCUGUCUUUUCUCAUCCUCAUCCCCAGCCUUGCUGUGCGUGUAUUGAGCCCUUCACGUUAAGUCAGAGUGAACUGGGGCACAGGCAGGUUAAGUCGCUCUCCCACAGGGUUCAGACUCAGGGACUCUCUGACAGCAUUGUACAGAUGAGGAAAGCGAGGCACAGAGAGGUUGUGCGACCAGCCCCCCGUGACUCUGAGCGGGUUGAGGGGCCGGGACCUGAGUCCGGCUGGCUCACUUCAGAACCCACUGCACCGCUGCGGCACCGUCCUGGGAGAAACGCCCCCGACUCUGGAGCCCGCUGGACCCAGGACUGAUGUCCACCACUGCCUGGCUGCAUAGCCUCGGGCAAGUCACCGUCUUCCCUGCGAUGCGGGCCCCCUCCCCCGCCAGGACAAAGAGAAGGAAGCUCUCCUCUCAGAUGGCUUGAGGGUGAGUGCAAGUGGUGGAGAGCUCAGGCGUGGGGCGGGCUCCGGGCACACUGGUCUCACCCCCGAUUGUCAUGAUGGGCAGGAGGAAGGGCAGGGCCAGGUGGGUGCUUCAGGGGGCCCUCAGCUCAGGUGGGGCCUUCCUUCCCUGCAGCUGUGCAGACAGAGCAGGGGGCCGGCCCACGAGAGGGAUGGGUGGAACCCUCUCCCCACUGCCUCCCAGCACGCAGCCACGCUGCUGACCCAGGAGUUCUGAGGAGUCAGGAGAGGGGAGGGGGGUUUCCAAAGGUUUGUGUGAUGCCCGCCCCCCCCCCCCCCCACACACGGGCUGAGCGCCAGGACCCUGCGGGGGUGGGGAGGUGGCCGGGGCAGGAUGCAGACGAGGAGGCCGCAGCCAGAAGCGGGCACCCAGGUGCCAGCUUAGGCUGGAUUCCUGGGGGUCUCCAUACUGGCAGUGUGACCUCAGGCUGGUGGGCUGGCCUCCAGCCAGGCAGGCUCAGAAAACGGAUUCAUCUACCUGCCCUGCCCACCCCGGGAUGAUCAGAAUGUUGGGGGCUAAAACAAUCAGACUCUCCAGAACAAACCCAAAUGCCAGUUUUUUCAUCUGCAGUGUGCACCAGACUGUUAGGGGCCAGACUAUUUUAGCCCCCCAUCCGGUUCCCUUCCUCACACCCUAGGCCCUGAGAACCUGGGUUAGUAAUAACAAGGGGGCCCUGGGAUCUAGGUGUAGAGCGAGGUCUUGGAGUGAUUCUAGCCAGGCUGCAUCAGAACAGCACCAUGGAGCGGAGAAUGCUGGGACCGGGGAGGCAAAACCACGCUUGGGUUUGCCGCCCAGCUCUGCUGUGUCCCUGGGCAUGCUAAGUCACCACCGUGAGCCUCAUUUUCCCCAUCUGUAAAACGGGGCCGUUAUCAGGCCGAGAUCUCACCACAAAGAUAGAGCUUCUGACACGAUGCACAACCUGUAGUAGGUGCUCAAUAAGUCACUCUCCUCCACUGACUAGCCAAGUAAUCUUGUUUUCCAAACCCUACGGGGCCUAGAGACAAACUCUGGCACUUGUCCUGUAUUCACACGGCCGUCUGGGAUCUGUACUUUGGUUGCCAAAUGCUAGAAUUGCUGGAACAUUUACAAGAAGAUGGAAGAGAUGAUUUGCAAGUGGUGCUGUCCCUGCUAAUGGGGCUUGGUGGUCACAGGGCCUCCUCUGCAGGUGCCAGGAGUCUCCUGAGCCUGAGACACCUCUCUCUUGCCCGAGGCUGGGCUUGCCCAACUCACAGAGGUUUCUCUUUGGCAAGUCCUUUUUCUCAAAGGCUCCUGACAAGACAAGACGCCGCCUUCUGUCCUGAUGAUGUCUGGGUGUUGCGUGUGGUCUGUAAGAGCCGAGGCUGCUGCGGAGGGUGGAAGCGGGCUGGGUCAGUUCUUGCUGGGCAUCCUUGAGGGGCCUUCACGCUCCGAUCCCCCCCGACCCGUGGAGCAGGGCUGAGGGCACAUGGCAGGGCGACGCUCGCCUGUGGGCCAGCGUGACCGUGCUUGAAAAACUGGGGGUUUCUGAGGGGGUUUUCAAGGCAAGGAGGAUGAUUUUUAGAAAACGUUCUGUCUUUUCUGUGAGGUGGAAACUGUGAGCCAGAUAUGACCUUGACCAUCAGUGUUUUUCCAGGAAGAUGCUAAAUUGAUAUUGGGCCGAAAAGGGCAUUCGUGGUCAAAUAAAUUUGGGAAACACCACCAUGAACAUCCAAUGGGCUUCCUCACUGCAGGUUUCUCAGGCCCUUUCCUGAGCAUUUGCUAAGGGCAGGGGCUGUACCUACCCAGCAGCCAGGCCUGUUGGAAGGUCAUGUUCUUUUCAACCGUCUUUUCUUUCUUUCUCUCUCCCUUCCGUCCUCCCUCCCUUCCUUCCUUCCUUUCUUUUAAAUUUAUUUAUUUAUUUUGAGAGAGAAAGAGGGAGAGCGUGAGCAGGGGAGGGGCAGAGAGAGAGGGAGACAGAAUCCCAAGCAGGCUCCUCACAGCCGCGCAGAGUCCGAUGACGUGAGGUUCACACCCACGGACCGUGAGAUCGCGACCUGAGCGGAAACCAAGAGUCAGAUGCUUAACUUACUGAGCCACCCAGGCGUCCCUCGGAUUGUUUUUUCAAAAAGCAUCUCGUGAGACUAGAGGGCUAUGGAACUCACUUUGGGAAAUGCCGAAAUGGUUGAAAAUUUCCCCCUCCUCCAUGUAUGAAAGCUGGAGGACAUGAAGGGAAGAUGGGGGCCAAAUAAGUUGAAAGGACUUGGAGGAUGUUCGAACCUUUAUUUUAUUUUCUAAAUGGUGUCUGUAUUAUUUAUUUAUUUAUGGGAGAGAGAGAGAAAGA